GGAAGGUGUGUUGUUCUUUGUUUCUGGGACAACAUGAUGCAGGCUCUGUGCCUCCGACCGGCAGACAUUGUUUUCAUAGCUCUGGUUUACUACAAUCAGCCAACACAGGCACAGUUUCGUGGAGAUCCCUCUGUUGCAAUAAUUCGGACUUUAAAAACACGGUCACUGAAGAGAGUUAUCCACAAUCUGUUUGGCAAUAAAAAUAACAUUGGCAGAAGAAAUCACCGUCGUAGUUCCCCUUCGGAAACCAUUUGUCUGCUUUUCAAUGAGAUGAGGAAAAUCCAGGCACUCAGAGACGACUCCUGGCUAUCGUCCCAGUCAAGGAUUCUGUAAACUCUGCUUUGUUUCAGCUGUGGAGAGGUAACCUGAAGGCAUUGACUGUUUUGGACCAGAGAUUCCGGUCCCCGUACCAGAAACUUGUGACGGGACGGAGGAGUGGACACAAAAUAAGAACCCUCUUCGCUACAGCCAGCCGUGUUGGAUGCAGCUGAAUAACAAGCUGAGAAAAAGAAAGAGCAUUGGACUUUCCUGCUCCAUUCAGAGGACUGCCAUCCAUGUGGUGCUAUGAUGAGACUGUGAGUCAGGAGAAACACAAUCAGACGGGAGCAGAUUGAUAGAGGGAGAGAAAGAAAGGUAGAGGAGUGAGUGUCAAGGUGCCCUCUUGACCCCAAGGUGAUAGCACCAGUCAAGGCAGCAGGAUGACCAGCCUGUUCAGGCGAAGCAACAGUAAUGGAGGCUCCGGUGGAGGAGGAGGAGUAGGUGGUGGUGGUUCUUCCCCAGGAGAGCUCAACAACAGCCGGCCUAACCGACAGGUGCGGCGUCUGGAGUUCAACCAGGCCAUGGAGGACUUCAAGAUCAUGUUCCCCACCAUGGAUUACGAGGUCAUUGAGUGCGUCCUGCGCUCCAACAAUGGGGCGGUGGACGCCACCAUCGACCAGCUCCUCCAGAUGAGCAUCGACGGAGAGGGAUCGGAUGACAGCUCUGACUCCGAUGAUAGCAUCCCACCAGAGAUUCUGGAGAGGUCAUUAGAACCUGAUAGUUCCGACGAGGAACCUCCCCCCAUUUACUCACCGCCCACUUAUGACAUGCACAUCUACGACAGGAAGUACCCCGAGGCCCCGCCCACUCCACCACCCAGGUUUGAGGCCCAGCUCCCGCCAGGUCACCGGCAGGUCCGCAGCUACAGGAACUGGAAUCCACCGUUGCUUGGCAACCUGCCAGAUGAUUUCCUGCGGAUCCUGCCACAGCAACUGGAUAGUAUACAGGGCUCACAGAACAGUCUGUCCCAGCCUUCUUCUUCCUCCUCUCUGUCCUCCAUCGUCCAGCAGACAAACCAGGGCGGUGUCUCCAAGCCAGGGACUGGUGGAGCCCUAGGGGCACCUGGAGGGCCCGGGGGCAUGGCAGGGGUAGUCACGGAGCAGGAGCGUAAACUGAAACAGUACCUGGAUGAUGAACGCAUCGCUCUGUUCCUCCAGAACGAGGAGUUCAUGAGGGAGCUGCAGCGUAACCGCGAGUUCCUUGUCGCCCUGGAGAGAGAUCGCUUGAAGUACGAAUCAAAGAAAUUCAAGUCCAAUCAUUCAUCCUCUUACAUGGAGAAUUCCACAGCAGGAGAGCACUGUGCUUCGAGGUCGAUGGAGGCUUGUACUGCUGUGUCAGAUGACGCCAUGUUCAGAGACAAACUCAAACACAUGGGCAAAUCAACAAGAAAGAAGCUGUUUGAAAUCGCCAGAUCAUUCUCUGACAAGACAAAGAGAAGAAAGUUAAAAAGAAGAACGCUCCUGAAGCACCAGUCACUGGGCACAGCAAACUCCACAGCCAACCUCCUGGAAGAUGUGGAGGGAAGCCCAGAAGAUGGCCAGCCCAGAAGAUCAGACACUCAGGAAGAUGAUGUGCCACACAAGGAGCCGUUGUCAUGAUUCUCCAAGGCUGCACCACAUCAGGGUUUCCAUGGUGACAGCAGAAUGACCCAUGGCUGGUGGCCACGCAAUACUUUGGCUCUCUCCCCUAACACAGGCCAGCCAAUCCCAGGCCCAGAAGUGACCUGGGACCACCCCCUCACCCAGGAGGAGAGGAAGCAGACUGCUACCACCUCUCCUUAACUCUGAUUGUUCAUAACCACAUUGGAUUACCAUUAUAAUCUCUGUAUUAUAACUCUUCAUUAAUAUAUGAUUUCACGUGUAAAGGGAAGAUGCAUUAGUCUUUUGACAGUUAUUUUUUGUUGUUGUGUCAGCUCCCUUUAAUCCCCAUUGCAGAAGGCAUGGCAGCCCUGCUAGUGAUGAUCUUAACAUAUGGACUCAUCUAGUGUUACCACUCUAAUCUCUUUGAUAUGGCUGGGGUAGGUCACUCUAGAGCCAAAGUGUGCACAAGCACCUCUGAAAUGUCCCAUAAUAAAUCAUGUUCACUCACAGUACCCAUGUGUUGCUAUGCCCAUUUGGUCACAGUUUUAAACAGACAGUAACCAGUGAUGAUGUGGCAAGUUUUCAACUAGAAUCACAGCUCAAUCCCAUGUUUCCUGAAAGUUCAGGACACAGAAACAACUUGUAAACAGAGACUCUAACAUUACAGUUGACUCCCCCUUGUAAAUCUGGAUUUGCCUCGGAGCAAUUUGACAGCAGAUGAUAUCAUCAGAGACCUGUGUGUGUCAGUCAAGGGGUUGUUAUUUAAGUUGCCCUGCUCAAAUGUCAACAAACCCUUCUGUUGCACCCUCCUAUAUCAAAGAGGCAUUCAAACCUGCCAAAAGGGUCACUUGUUCCAAGCGGGUCAUAUUUCAUCCCAUAUUGUUAUGUCAAUGUGUAACUAAAUGCCAAGUGUAACCUUUAAUCCCAUUUCAGGAACUCUGACAAACUUCUUAAGAUUUCAUGUGAACUGAAAUAUCCCUCAAGCUAACUGACUGCCAUAUCUCACUAUUCUCAUGUAUUUUUCAAUACAGCAUUUAUAUACUAACCCUAUUUCGUUGAGAGUAAGGAGGGGUGCAUAUUGCUGAAUUCGUGUUAUUAAUGAGUACACAAUAAUAUAACUAGUAGAAAUAUUUGAUAAACAAAUGUGCCAGUGAUCUGUGCACAUUGCUGAUAAACAUGUGUUUUAUGUGGUGUAAUGGGAAAUGAACCGUUUGUAAUGGGAAGUGUUGGGUAUGGAGAGAGCAGAACAUGAUAUGGACGAUGCCUCUGUGAGGUGAGGACUGGCAUUGAUCUUGAUUAGAUGCUGUUGGGUGUAUCGGUAGAAAAGAGGAGGCUGAUGAUGACCCAGCGCUGUGAUAUGAGUUUCAACAGACAGUCGAGCUAGAUUUAAAGUCAACCCUUUGAGCCACUAUCUGAUUCGCAAGGUUUCACAUUGAUCCGUCACUUUCCCAACUAUUGGAAAUGAUUACUGUCUUAUUCUGAAGCCUUCUCCCAGAAGGGUGCUCUUUGUUCACGAUCGUUAAAAAGGAAGGGACAGACUGGUGUAGGAAAUAUGGUGGCAACUCUCUCCACCAUGCUUAUAAAAAAAUCUGUUUUAAAAUUGAUGCAUAAAAGUGAGCAAGCCAAGUAAGUGCACACUUUAGGGAGAAGGGUGGGGAAUUGGAACACCAAUUCAUUCACUCUACCUUCUUAAAUGAAUUCACAUGUAAAUGUUUGAUUUGCUACCUCUCAAUCUAGAUGGCUCCAUGAUUGAAAUGUAUGUUUUUACUAUUGAAAUUUAAGAUUAUUCAAAUCACCCAUUUACAGUUUUUCCUUGAGACAUGUUUUAACCCUUCUCUGUCAGGAUGUUGACAGAAGACCUCAUUGGUGAUAGGUCAUGUGUUGUAUAUAAGGAGAAAGGUAUGUUUGUUGAACAUACGGAGUAAGUUUUGUAUGUACAAGUAUUGAUUGUGUGAAGGGAGGCUGAAAUCGACCCUUUCAGUGUUCUUUUUGAAGUCUUGAUGUUAUGGAUUGGGUUUGGAAUUUUGCCCCUUUGACAAUUUCUGUCUGUUGUCAUUUUCUUGUUUGUUAGUUUUGCUCUCAGCAUUUCUCAUAUAGGUCUUCAAACUCUAAACAUGUUUGCCAAUAAAAUGUGUUUAUUGC